CAUUCGUACCGUCAGUCGCAAACUGAUCGCCGCCGCACGGGGCCGCACGCACCGCACAUGCUCCACAUCGCGCGUGUUCGAAUUUCAAAAAUGACAUUUCGAAUUUAAGACAAUUUAGUGCUUUAUAUUUUUUAAACAAACUAGUGUCUUAUACUGUGCCAAUAAAAUAAGCCGCCUUAUUUAAAAAGUGAAUUUAUGGAUUAAAAGAAGUUGUUGAAAAGUUGUUACGCCGCCGCUGUUGUUUAUUUGGAUUAAACGGAAGUUGAGGAAUAUAUUUGAAGAUGUCAAGUGCACUUAUUUCCGCUUCCGCUGAAGUCACACCGAAUGAAAGCAAAGAUCGCAUCCUGGAUCGAGACGCGGGCUUCGUGUCGGGCGGCUCGGACGACGACUCGUGCUCCGGCCCGGCGCACUCGGACGACUCCGGGGUGCGGUUGGAGCCCCCGCGCCCCCGCCCCCGCACGCCCCCGCGCCUGCAGCCGCCCAAGAAGCGCAUCCGCCUCAGCUCGCACGAAGACCUCGCCAGCCCCGACAGCGAGCCCACCAGCCCCUUCCGCCCCUGGUCGCUACCACAGGAAGAGCCCCUCUCCUUAGUCAAGAAGCCCAGUGAAACCCCCAGCUUACUACGGCAAAGGAGAAGGCCGAUUGAGCCGCCGCCGCCGCCUGUUGCAGCCCCAGUGAUUGUAGAGCUGCCCGGCCCUCCGAGGGUCCCGGUGCACCCGGCGGUCACCCCUGCUUUAGAGCCCUACCAGAGCGAGGUGAAGGCGGGGACAAGCACCAGCAGCCAGACAAGUACAUCAGGGAGACCGCGCGAGCAGCGGAACUACAAGAACAUGACGAGAGAGAGGAGGAUAGAGGCGAACGCGCGCGAGCGGACGCGGGUGCACACCAUCAGCGCCGCGUUCGACACGCUGAGGCGCUCCGUGCCCUCCUACAGCCACAACCAGAAGCUCUCCAAGCUCUCAGUGCUGCGGAUAGCAUGUGCAUACAUCUCCGCGCUGUCGGCGGUCAUAGAGCCGGACUCCGCUGACCUGUCCUCGGCGGUGGAGGCCGUCACACAGACCAUCCACACGGAGGGGAAGCUAAGAAAAAAAAAGGAUGACCCGUAGUCCUCUGGCGCUAUUGCAUUUAUAUUCCAAAAAUAGUUUUAGUGAAGAGGUUUCGUCCUGCUAAAUUCAGCCGUCCGUACGUCUUUCGUGUUUGUUACUUACAAUACGAGUAGUACAAAACCUAUGCGACAAUAAUUCGGGUAAUUUUAAUAAUUGAUAGUUAAGAAAACUGUGAUCGUUGGCAAAUAAUAUUUGUACAAAACAAACAUUGAAAUCUAGAGAUGGUUGUUGUUGAAUCUCCAGGCGCGAUUGAAGCUGAAUGUAGACAAAAUGUACCGUUCCUAAUUAUUAAAAAUGUACAUUAUUAAAUAUUGGAUCUCUGUAAAAAGACAAUUCCUAAAGUAAUCAAGAAACUCAAAGGAUGGUAUUCAUUCCUGUGUCCAGUAUUAGCAAAACAACCUACAUCAAUUUAAAUUUUAAACUUUGGACGCAUUUAGAAGGUGUAUCUUUGCUUUAACAUUUUACAUUAGGUGUAUUUAUUACAUUAAAUCGAGUCAGUAGUUUUAAGUUUGUAAAUAGCUGUACGAUACUGUAAAUAUAACACUGUAUCAUAUUUUACCUCGUAGUUGGAUUGUAAUAACUUAUUUGGUCGCUUAUAGCUCAAUCAGUUACUAUCAUUAACAUCACAGCAGUCUAAAUAA